AUGAUUCAAGAGAUUGAAUAUCCACAAAUUGCAGCUGCAGAAAUCCAACAUACCAUCACUCAAUAUCUAGACUUGAUAAAUAAACUUGAUACUUUCAUCCGACUUCGUGCAGAUGGACAAAAUUCACAGAAAAGUCAAUUUGAAAUAGGAGCUGGAAUAUGGAUGGAUGCGGAAGUGGCCGUUAAAGAUUUUGAAAGGGGAAGAGUUGAUCUCAGUCCUGAUAUCUCCACAGUGUUGGUAGAUAUAGGACUUGGGUUGAGGGUCGAAAUGGAUUUAAAACAAGCUAGUGAGAUGGCUCAAAGACGAACGUCUGAAGAAGAUGAAGAGAAUUUAAAUUCCAAAAUACUCUCAAGAUAUGGACGACGUCGUAUUCGCUACGGAAGACGAUCAACGCGGGAUGAUCAUUUGAUCAGUAAACCUCAUGCCGGACUUGGGAGACCAAGACUGGACUUUUUGGUGCUGAACAUACCCAACUACACGGAAUGGGACGACUUGGGAUCCAAGCGACUUACUCUCAACUGCUCAAUACGGUCAAACUUACAAACACGACUUUCAACGGCGCGAAGGUCCCGUAGAAAAACUCAAUGA